UGCAUGGCGGCAUGCUACGAAAUUCAGAGGCUAGUGAAAUUCCCCUUCUUGGAGACUCUUCAACGCUUGCAUGAAGAAACUUAAUUGUUUUGCCUUUGAGAGGAAUCUAUAUACUUUAAGGGAAAAUCGUUCGCGGCGUCGUGAUCGCUGUUAGGAAUUGGAAAAGUGCUAUGAAUUCAAUCGUCGGUUUGCGUUUCUAGCUUCUUGACUGCGUUCGACCUGACGCGUUACUGAGUUGCAAAGGCGGAGCAUAUCUGUUCUGGGGAGUGUGGUGGAUUGCGUUGGAUUGAAACAAGGGGAGAAAACUCUAGGAAUUACAACACUGUGUGCAGGACCUGAAUCAAAAAGCCAUGUCAGGAAGAACAAAACGAGGUCCAGGUAGACCAAGAAUUACAGAGACUGUGCAUUCCCUGAGUCCAUAUCCGAGUUCACCAUUGACACCAGACUCUGAAGAAGGUUACAUCUUGAGUAUGAGAGAAGAAAGUAGAUCAACAAGGGUGCGGAACAGACCCAAGCCACAGCCUGCAAAGAAAACAAGGGUUAAUGCUCAGAGUAAGUUGAAAUCUCCCAUCAGAGCUUCACCGAUUGGUUCCUGCACUGAGAGUAAUCUAAGUGUGGAACAUGAGAACAUGAUGGAGAUGUCAUCGUACUCUGUGCCUCUGGAUGGGCAGCCAUUGUAUGAUAAUUUGACACCUGAUGGCUUUGGAGUUAUAAAACAACCAACAGUGGACCGAGAUGAAGAACUGGCUAAAAGCAAAACAUGCUCAUUCUGCAAUUGUGGUGUGGAGAAACGUAUGUUCCAUGGCAAACUCCAGAGGUAUGCACCCACUCCAGGAUUCAACCCAGUCAAAAAGCUCCAAAACAGACACAGACAGAACAGUGGAUGUGAUCCUUUCAGAGACCGGUUUUAUGUAGAUCCUUGUGACACGGGACAAUUUGCUGAAGAUCACCCGGAACCUCCACCUGUAGUAACUCGCCGCGGGCCUGGAAGACCACCUGGACGUGGAAGGCGGAAGGGAAUUGUAGUUGUAGGUUUGCCAUUAAGAACUGGUAACAAUGACACUACAAUUGACAAGACCACAUAUGGGACAGUAAAGGAGAAGGAGCUAAGCGAUGUUUUUGAAGAAGAUGGUUACACCUGGGCCCAUCACUGCUGUGCAGCUUGGUCUGAAGGAGUCAGCCAGACAGAUUCCUAUGAUUUAAUCAAUGUUGACAAAGCAGUAGUCAAAGCUAUGUCAGAGCGAUGUAAUCAUUGCAAUCGGUUUGGUGCAAGUGUCGUUUGUCAAAUCCCACGCUGUGGGAAGACCUAUCACUAUCCCUGUGCAGCAAGUAGUGGUUCUUUUCAGGACAUUAAAUCUAUGACCAUGUUAUGCCCAGAUCAUUUGGGAGAUGCAGGACAUCUUGCUGGGGGCGAAGCUGAAUGUGUCCUCUGUGGGGAUGCCAAGGAUUUUUCAGAACAGAUAUUCUGCACAAGUUGUGGUCGCCAUUAUCAUGGCCGGUGCCUCGAUCCUUCUGUCGAUUUAACUCCACUAAUAAGAAUGGGCUGGCAGUGUCCAGAUUGUAAAGUCUGUCAGGGUUGCAGGCAACCUGGUGAUGACAACAGAAUGUUGGUUUGUGACUUGUGUGACACUGGAUAUCAUACAUAUUGUCUGGACCCUCCCAUGAGCACCAUACCCAAAACUGGUUGGAAGUGUGUGGCCUGUCGUCGAUGUGAAGACUGUGGUUCAAAUACUCCUGGAGGUGGGCCUACUUCUCGCUGGCACCAUAAUUUUUCAGUGUGUGAUAGUUGCUAUCAACAACGUAACAAAGGUCUGUUUUGUCCUCUGUGUGGGAGAGCGUACAGACAGUUCACUGAUGUUGCCAUGGUGCAGUGUCUCUCUUGUGAGAAGUGGAUCCAUGCAAGCUGUGAUAACAUUGACAAGGAAGAAUAUCAAAAGUAUAACGCCAAGGAGUUUCCAUACUUCUGUCCAAACUGCAAGCCAAAGAAGGGAUCCUUACAGCUGUUGGACAAGAAUCAUGGACUAGACCUAGCAUUUACUGAGCAGCACAACCAUAUGGACAUAGCUAAUCUUGACUGUCCACCAGAGGAAGACAAGCGUACACUAACUAUAGCAGCAGGCCGCAUGAGCCCUUGUAACAUAGAUGAUGACCUCCUUUUGGGUCCUCAUCUGGAUGAUAUUAGUGCACUGCGUCAUUUUGACCCUGUUCUUGAUGACACAGAGACCAUUCCUAUGCCAAACCUUGACAACAUUGAGCCUGAGAAGUUGCAGCUUAGUGAAAAGUUACCACUGGAUGAGGAAAUGGAAGUUGUUGUGAAGCCAGAUCAUGAGUUGGAUUUAUUGACACACGCAGCCGCUCUUACAGAGCCGUGUUCCUUGCCGUCACUUUCAGUAACAAACCAGUUAAUGGACAGACAGCUCACUGUUCCCAAGGCUCCUAUGCCCAACUACUAUUCACCAAGAAACUAUCACCCUCCCAAGCUAUCAGGAAAGAGGAAGUUGUCAAGCAAAAUCAGGGCUAAGUCAGGUGGAACUCCUGCAAGGAAGAAAUCGAAACAUGGUAAACCAGGUCCAGGUCGUCCGCCCAAUAAGCUUAAGCACAAAGCAGCGCCACAAACAUCCCCUGGCAAAGAGAAUGUUCCAAAGGCAGCAAAUUCAUUAGAUCAGACCAGCAAGGAAGAAGAAUCCGAGAGCUUGCACACUACUCUUGUGCUGUUCUCAGCCGAUGAUGAAUUCACUACAAAACAGGACAUGUGCUUGUGCUGUGGAAGUUUUGGCAAGGGUCCAGAAGGACAACUGAUAAUGUGCUCACAGUGUGGUCAGUCUUACCACCCCUACUGUGUUGGUGUAAAGGUCAACAAAGUGAUCUUGACAAAAGGCUGGCGCUGCUUAGAUUGUACCCUCUGUGAGGGGUGUGGCAAAGGAAGUGACGAGGCUCGUCUUCUACUCUGUGACAGCUGUGAUAUCUCAUAUCACACUUAUUGCCUUGACCCACCAUUAGGUCAUGUUCCUCAGGGUGGAUGGAAGUGUAAAUGGUGUGUGACCUGUUUCGAUUGUGCAGCUACUACACCUGGAGUUGGUUGCCAGUGGAUGUCAAAUUACACUCAGUGUGGGCCUUGUGCUAGUAAAACAAUCUGUCCUGUCUGCAAAAUCAAGUACAACACAAAUGACCUUAUGAUACAGUGUGCACAUUGUGACAGGUGGCUUCAUGGUUCAUGUGAUGGUCUUGUCAGUGAAGAAGAACUGGAUAGAGCGGCAGAAUAUGGAUAUCAUUGUUUAUAUUGUCGCCCCAAAACCAAGCGUGCACUUGUCGGUGUCAGUGGUAUGUCUUGUAGAACCUCAUCUGCCUCCCAACCUUUCCUCUCCUUCUUAUCUUCUGCUGGAUCUAACACUCUGCAGGGUCCCCCAUCACCAAGGGCUACAGCUCUACACCAUUAUCGACCUCAGUCCCUAACUGAUGAUCUACAACCUCAACUAGAUGGGAAGCCUUUACAUCCUUGUCAGAGGGUCAACAACAAUUUGGUAGAACUGAAACUAUCAAACCACUUCAACAAAGUGCAGAUGACAGCACCCUUUUCUGGGAACAAUGUGGAACUGACAGAGUCUGGUGUGCGGCAUAUGAACAGGCUGAAGUUACCGCCAAGCAGUAGGAGGCGAGUGGUCAAGAGCAAGCUGAAACCCAAAAAGUUUGGUAUGCCCACUAGUCCAGUCAAACGAAACAGCUUUGCAGGCCACUGGCAGGACAAAGAUGCCAUUUUCAAUAGGGUUGUUGUGGAAGAUGGUAACAUGGAUAUGGUGGAUGAUAUGGAGAGCCUUAGACACAAGUCGCCUCUUGCUUCAUCUAGAGUCAGUAGACCCAGGCAAUCUAAUGUGGGGCGUCCAGGAGUUGGUGGAUUUGUGCUGCGUGGUCGUGGCUCAGGAGGGAGGAGAUUUGCUGGUCGUGGUGCUCGAGCAAAUAUGAAGAAGAAAGGGCCUACAUUUACUCCAACUGCACGAGGGCCUUCCAACUUGAAUCAUUUGGGAAAUCAGUUGUCGCAGACUUAUCCGAGUGGAAUGAAUAGUCCAUCCUUUGUUAGCAAACCUUCUCCAUUCGCUGAGGUGGAGCCUUCGCUAAAUCAAGGAAGCAACGCCAGUUGGGCUGAUGCCUGUGAUGAGAAUGCUCUACAGGAGUCGUAUCCUAAGUGGAUACAGGAGGCGUUCUUUGGCAAAGACCUUUUAGACACACUUGGUAGAGAGAAACGAUCAAAGCAUGGUGGUAAGACGCCGUCAACCCCUUCUGAGGAUGAAGAUAGAGCAAACCAAGACCCUUUCGCUGUGAGACAAGGUUCAAUCCCCCCCGACAGGCAGCAGACCACGUUUGAUGGUCCAGGACAAGUUCCAUUUCAGAUGGUGCCUGGGGAAGAGAGACAGCAUCCUGGUCAUUCAACACAGCCGCUUCACCAAACAGGUUUUCCAAGAGGAUCAUUGAGUGCUCAUGACAACUGGCAGCAAUCUGCCAAUGCAGACCCAUUUCCAUCGCAUGCCAUCCACCUGACAGAAGACGUCCCCAAUCCAGACGCUCUGUACAGCUCACUGGAUAUGCUGACAGAUGACUUACCAGGAACUCAGAAUGAUUCGCAUUCCACAAACAGAGCACUUCAACAACCAGCUUCUCAACAUCCUUCCUCGGCACCCACCCCCCAGUCACAUAUUCCUACGGCAGCAUCCUCUUGGAAUCAAGCUCAGACUCGCCCUCAGGGAAACGACCUUGAUAUUCUUUGCAACACGGGAGAUAUCCUACCUCACGUUGAUGGGCAGGAAGUGGAAGACAUCUUCAUGGAUAUUGAAAGAGAAAUGAACAUUGUACCGCUGAGCUUUCUGGAUUCUGAAAUGGACAACAACGUGGCCAACGUGCAGGAGCAGUUUCCACCACAGAGUGCUAACUCUGUGUCAGGUCAUGGUGUCGGCUUUCAAGCGAGCCAACAUCCAAUUAGUGUUUACAACCAAGGCACUGCCAAUCAGGGUUACAAUCCUGGCACAACACACUUUCAGAGUGGAGGAUCGGCUUAUCAACGGGGCCCUCAGAAUCACAUCGAUGGCUUCGCUAAUUCCGUUGUACAGGGUCAACUGGGUUUCAACCACAACAGUGCAUUCCCUAGAGGGAAUGAAUUUGAUCUGGAUGAUUUACCAAGGGAAAGACGCAGACCUCCCAGCCCACGGGUAGACCCGAUGAAACAACAGCAGAAAUGGGAAGAUGACGAAAAGCUAGGGGCAACUGCAACAAUAUCGCCGGUAUUAUAUGCCAACUUGGAACACGUAAACCUGAAGCAGGAGUAUCCAGACUGGCCCAACAGGUACAGAGCAAUAGCAAGACUUUGGCGAAAACUUUCAGUCGAGCAAAGGGAACCUUACAGGUUAAAGGCGAGGGAUAACCGUGUCCGACUGAAAGAUCAGGGGAAAAAGCUGAUUGCAAAAAAGGAGGAGAAAGCAAAGUUAGAGUCUCAGAAGGCCUCGCAAUUAAAGCAGCAACAGCAACAACAACAACAGCAGCAGGAGCUGCAGUUACAGGAACAACAACAGCAAAUGCAGCACCAGCAGUUAGAACAGCAACAACUGCAUCAGCAGCAACUUGAACAACAACAGCAACAAAUGUUGCAGCACCAACAGCAACAACAACAGGCUCUACAGCUGCCCUCUCAAUCUUUACAAGGUCAAUCUCUCUUACAUCAGCAUGACCAGCGUUCAACGUCUACGACUCUUUGUCCAGUCACAGAUAGUCCAAUGCUUCCAGUAAAUAGUGUUAUGCCAGUUCCCCUAACACCAAGCACACCUGCAAGGUCGAUUACACCUGUGACUCCUGGCACUCCUGGCCCCUUGACCCCGACCACACCCACCACACCCACGUUCAGCCAAGUGAUGGGUCACCCGCCAAUUGGACCUGUGAUUCCAGCAACUAUGGCAGGUCAUCAGUCUUCAGGCAAAACUACGAGUAACAAAGGGAAAAAAAGUAAAGAGGAAAAAGAGAGAGAGAAAGAAUUAAGAAAGCAGAGACUACGCAUUCAACAGGAGCAAGAGCGGCAGUGGAAAAUCCUCCAGCAGAGAAGAGCUUUGGAGCAACAGCGUCAACAACAGCAACAGCAGCAGGAAAAUGUCUUGCUUCGACAGGAACUCAAAAAACAACAGCAAGCAAAAGGAACUAAAGUACCCGAUGAACAGAAGAAAAAGCGUUUAUCUAAAGGUGGAAGACGGGCUUCUGCGCAGGCUUCUAAGGCCUCUGACAAAUCUGGAAGUGGCUCACACGACUCGCCAAAUUUUCAAAAUAGCGUGGCACCCCCUGAUGGAGCUGAAAGUAGACUAGAAGAACAAGUAUUACCUGCUGGCCCUUCGUUUUCGUCAGCACCCAGAGCUAAUGCAAACGCCCUGGCAUCUACUAGUCAAUAUCAACAUGAACCGUCUCUUGACUUUUUGACUCCUUACGAUACACAAGGCAAUGGAUUGUUAGAAGACAACCAGAGUGAUGGAAGUGUCAUGAAUCCUAGUCAUCAUCCCCCGAACUCAAAUGCUGGUGACAUCCAUUCUGCUCAGGCAGGUGCUAACCACCAGUUCCAGAGACCUUCGCUUUGGGAGAAGGAACAUGGGAACGAGACAGUGCACCCUGCUGAGGAAUCAAUGUGGGAACAGUCACAGAGCUGCAGUCAACUUCAAGACCAGAAACAAAGUAAUGGCUCACUGAGUUUAACUCCAGUUUCACAGGCACAUGAAGGUUCUAAGCAUAAUAUAUGGAGUUGUGACAACUUGCAACCUGAGACAAUACAAGAUCAAUCGGGGAUAGAAAAUGCACAAGGCAGAGUCUUGUUACUUGAACAAAACACAAGACCUUUACAAGAAGGGGUCCGGCAGGAACAGAAUUCUCAGAAUAACUUUGGUAACAAUGAGCAAGUCAUUUUUAACAGUGAGAGACAACAGUGGUCCCAUGCUCAUGUGCCUGCAAUGCCUUCAUCUCAAGCACCAAUGCCAAGUCAACAAUUGAGUUCUGAUAGUGGAAAAAUAGUGCACCAACCAGCUGUAACUGACUCCUUGCAGGCAGUUCCCUUUUCAGUGCCACAGCAAGUGGCAUUGAAACCCACUGAGCAACAUCAGCAGCAAGCUAUGGAAUUGCAACAACCUCCACAACAAAUUCCUGUUAUGCAUUGGCAAGAGGAACUGUCACAAGUUCGAGCUCAGGUGGCUGCUGCUCAUGACCUUCAUCCUUCUCAAUCUGUAGUUCCUUCCUCAGCUCCAGCACCUCCUCCGGUGGCACCACCUCCACCCCCAUUGCCAUCAUCCCAGCAACCACCUACUAUUCCACAACAGCCAUACGAACUGGGUGCUGGAUGGCUACAUCAGGGCCAGUUACCUUCUCAAGUACAGACACAACCAAUGGUCACAUUCCCACAACCGCCUCAACCUCACCAGGUACAUGGUCCUACAACGACACACGUGGCAAUGCCUCAGACACCAUUUCAACCUCCACCUCAGAUCCCUAUCCAAGUGCCACCCAAUCAUCCUACCAACCAACCCAUUUCAAAUCAACCUCAGGAUAGUCAACUGCAACAGCCACAACAACAGCAGGACAUGGUUCAGCGACAACAACGAGACCAACUCAUAAGAGCCCAACAGCAGCAGUUUUUUCAGAUGCUUCAGCAGCAACAGGCGUUUCAACAUCAGCAGCAUCAGCAGCAGCAACAACAGCAGCAGCAACAACAACAGCAGCAACAGAAUGCAGCUAUCCAACCGGGAUUUGCAAGGGCACGGUUCAAUACAGCUAUCAACACCAAAGAUAUGCCUGAAAUUGACACAGAAGAGGAACAUCAAGAAAGGCUUCGUUUUCUCUAUCGCCAGCGCCAAGCACAAAAACAGCAACAGAUGCAGAUGCAAGCUCAACUGAUGCACCAAGCUUGGAUUCAACAGCAACUUGCUGCUGGAGGUGGUCAAGGAGUUGUUCCACCAGGUGUACUUACAAUGGAUUCAUCCAACCCUCAAAUGUUGCAACAGUUUGCUCAACAGAUACGUCCCCAAAUGCCAGACAUGACUCAACAGCAAUUGCUCGCUGAAUAUCAAAGGAGAAUGACGCAGCGGCAAGACAUAGGCCAGCAAACUGUUCAAUAUGAUAAGGUUUUGCAGGAGCUCCAACAGCAACAAGGGAUCCCUGUUGGAAGUGCUCAUGCUGUAGGCCCUUUCAUUGAAGUUCCUCAUCAGAGAUUUGGCUUGAGACAGCCAACUUCUAUGGUCCAACCAAGUUUGAAGCCCAUUAUGCCAUACGGGGGACUUGAUGGACAGUUCAUUGGUCAACAGCAGCAACUUUACAAGAUGCAGUUGCAGCAACAAAUGUUGAUGCAGCAGCAGAAAAAGGAAACUUCCCAUAGGAGCUCCCCUCGAGCGAGUCCUGCUGCAGGAAAGGCUAAUGCAGGGGAAAGUAGCGGUGAACUCAGUGGGAGUGUGGAUGAUGAGAAGCUCAAUGGCACAACUGUGUUGUCAAGUCAUACCAACUCUGAAACUGAAAAACUCCCUGAUAAAUCUGAGGGCUCUGGAACAGAAAAUGAAAAGCAAGUGACCAAAGGAAAAGAUAUUAGUACAAGUGGAACAAACCAGGUUGCCGGUAGUACUGCUGAGACAUCUCCUGAGUCUGUGGAAGGCGAGAAGCUAGAGAACACUAAUUACGAGAAAGACCAUUGUAGUAGAGACAGUAAGAGCGAACAGGAGAGUAGAGAGGUUAAUGGUACAAGAGCCACAAACAGCUAUGACGAGAAGACUAGCAGCCUAAACUCUAAAGAUAUUAGUGCACACAUACCGGGAAGGUCUGACGAUUAUGACACCACAGCCAUUCAGAGGGAAGAGCUACCUAGUGUUACCUGUGGGGAAAAGAAGGCCAGUGAAGACUACGAUGUCGGAAAGGACCUUGCCUCAGCCAAUGUAAAUUUUGAUAGCCCUUCAGAUAAAAUAUGCUUCGAUGCAGGAAACGAGAAUAAGUGUGAAGGUGGAAAUGAAUCAGAGGGAUGCUCUGGAGAACAAAAAGAAGCUUGCAUUGAAACACAAGGGGAGCAGGUGGCAGUUGCUCAAACUCUUGACUCCAGCAAAUUGGAGGGAGCUGCAAACAUGAAAGAAGUGUCCCAUCAAGAAGGGAAACCCCAAUGUAAACCUGAACCCUUGCUUGAAACCAACCCAGCGCCUAUUCAGCCACACAAUGUAACCAGCCAAGUAAAUUCGGUACCACCUCCUCAUCCUCAGUUGCUGCUGCAGCAGCAGUAUUUGGUAUCACAGCAGGAGUUUGUGCAAAUGCAACAGCAAAGACAAGUUCUUGUGCAGCGGUACCAACAGUUGCAACAGCAACAGCACCAGGCUGGAGGACAAGACCCUGUACUAGCAGGUCAGAUAAUGACUGUCCAAUCGCAAGGACAAGCUCUCCAACAACGCAUGUUACAAUACUGGCAACAAAUGCAACUUAUACAACAGCAGCUGCAGCUGGGGGGAACAGUACAUCAACAGCUUGCAAUUCAACAACAGCCACAGCAGGUUCAGCAGCAACCACUCAUAGCUCCCCAAUGGCCUGCAGGAGUCCCACAAGGACCUCCAGUGCCAACACAAGUGGGAGUGUUUCCAGUGAGGCCUGUUGUCAUGGGUGUUCAGGGCCCUUUACAGCCUGGGGUGCCUGUUAUUGAAAAGGGACCCGCACAGAAACCAAGGUCGAGGUCGAGGUCGAGGUCCAAAAGUAGGGACACACCUCAGCCAUCCCCGAUUGGACAGCAAAGCCCUGCCAUUGAUUGGCAGCCACCAAAGGGAAAACAGUCGAAACCACGACAGAGGAAAUCUAAGAAGUCAGAACCGCAAGCCAAUGAUCCAGAUCUUGAACGUCAACAGCAAGUGCUCCAGCAACAAAUAUACCAACAGAUGGAACAGCGGCAUCGGUUGAUGCAGCAGAAUCAAGGAGUUUUUGUUGAACAGGGUCAACAGCAAGGUGUACAACCUACAAUGCCGUUACAACAACCUGGGCAACAGCCGCAAGUGCCUCUUCAGCAAAACAUAGUUGAACACCCAGGAAUGUUAGCACAGCCAUCCAUUGAUGGUGCCCAUCCAAUGCGAUCUUUGUCACACACACCAGAGCUUUCGCAAGGGCCACGACCAGGACCUGAUUCGCAAGUUGCUUUCCCACCUGGUACACCAGGACCUCAGAUGCCCCUAUCCUCCAGUGCUCAGGUUCCUCCAGGAUAUCCCCAUACUACAGAUCAAAAUUCUUUUUCACAGAGGUUCCCAACGCCUGAGCAUUAUCUUCAGCAAUUUGGUAAACACCCGAUCCAUCAAAAGCAACUAGAAGUUCGUUACGUUGCUGAAGCAAACAACCCCUUCAGUGAUCAGUUUCAGGGGCUACAAAGCAAAGGUCGGGGCAGAGGGGGAGCAAAGAAAACACCUGGCACCAGAAAGCCCGGAAAACCUCGCAGCAAGAAGACAGCAGAAGUUGAUGUUCUCCCAGAGGUGGAUCUCCAACAACAGCAACAGACUAAUUCUUCUUCAUCAGAGCAAAAUCCUCAGGGCUUGGGCCUCACUCUAUCUCAGCAAGCGCAAGUUAUAAAGCAGGAAAUGCUGGAAUCCGAAGGAUCUGUUCCUCUAACGCCAGACGCUCAACAAAGUGCCGGAUAUACUGGCCCCACUGGUGCUGAUGCAGAUGAAGGUCCUGAUGGUAAAGAUGAAGACCAAGGUCCUGCAGUGCAGGAGGUGAAAGAACAACCUACAGAGGAAGUAUUUACAGGGCAAUGUAUCGAAAUGAACUCUCUUUCAGCCAGCAGCGAGAGCAAUAGUUGUAAUGCGCCAUCUGCAAGGAAUGAAGAAAGUGAUGCCAAUAUGUUGAACGAGAAGAUGAAUACUACAGACGGCGAAACUCCAGCUUCCGCACGAAACGAUUCUAGUGAGUCUGCUGAUAAGAGUAAACAACCAUGCAAUGGGACUGGACUUGAAGCAUUACAAAAACUUGAGUCAAUGGUUGCAGACAUGGCAACCGAGGAGGAAGCCUGUAAGGAGCUGGAAAAGCAGAGUGAAUUGGAACGGAUCCAUUUGCCUUUGGAUGACGAUGUCUAUGAUCCGGAAAUGGACAGGAUCUACGAACGAGACUUCAUGGAAGAAGAAACUCAGUUUGAGCAGUGUUUGUUAUCUCCAAUUAAAGCUGUGGACAAUGGUUCUCAGGCGAAUUCUGUAGCGUCUCUGGAGUGUCACGAAGAGAGCCUUAUUUCACCUCUGCUUGAGGAAACGGAAAGACGAAAGGAACGUCAGACAUUUUUCGCUGAAUCUGCUUCCAGUGAACCAGCGGUUGGAGGCAACAAAAUUACGGAUUUGGGGAAACGUGCGGCAGGAAAAGAACAUGAGGCAGAAGAAGUAGGGCUGACUCCUUCAGAUUCAAGUAAACUAACUGCCUGUAAUGUUACAAACACGAAUGAAGACGAAAAGUUAGAUCGUAUCUCAAGUAAUGCUCAUCCAGCAGCCGAUCAAGAAAAGGUUGUUGAAGAACCUAGGCACGAUAUGUUGCACGAAACAACCAGUGCUGUCCAAGACACCCAACCACGGGAAACAGAACAAAAUCCGACACCAAGCGAACAAGCGGGUGUCUCGCGUGUUGCUGAUGUUAAUAAAUACGAUGAUUCGUUAACCAAUCAAAGAAUUGAGACAGCUGUCCCUGAAUUAAUUCCAUCCACUUGCGAGACCAUCGAAAGUGUCGCAUCUCCAGUCAAGACUACUCAUGCUGUUCCCUUAGUAAAUGAUGUGGCACCUGUCGUCACUAGUAAUGGUGAGAUACCUUUAGCUUCAGGUGGUGAGCAUAGACCUGUGGCAGAGCAAAUUAACUGCGCUGCCCCCGUGAACAGCCUAGAACCGUUACCCCAACAAAUAGCAAAUGUAGCGAGUGCUAUUGGCCCUGAGGCUCUGCAUGGAACAGUAGGACAGAUACCCCAAGCUCUCGACCAUUAUCAGAGUAACCAACAACAGGGACAUAUCCCAUCAAACCCUGCUCGUCCAGCGAAUGGUGAGAAACCUGCAAAAACACCUAAGCCGUCGAGUCGGUCAAAGAAUUCGCACUCCAGCGGAGAGGGCCCGGUAAAGAGGAGACCACAGCCGAAGGAAGAAGACCCCAUGAAGAAAAAGCUUCAGGAGCUGCGUAGGCAAGAAUAUGAGCGGAAGAAACGUGAGUACGAGGAACAACAAAAGAAGAAACGUGAGCUCCAGAAAGAACUUCGUAUCCAGAAACAGAUGAUAAGAGAGCAGAGGAAGAGGCAGAGGAUAUACAUCAAUGCAAACAGCCGCAACAAACAGAAGACGGACAUCGAGAACAAUGCUACCAACUCCUUGAAGAUUUCCACUCCUAAUAACGCACACAGGGAUCUCAAACCAGCCACACCACUUUCCCUUUGUGAACCGAAGUUGCUUUUGACCCAUGCUUUAACACAUCCAUAUGGUAGCAGGGCUUUCAAUGGGCAGUGUCUCCUAAAAGGAAAUUUUGGAUCUGCUAAAGUGGAUGGCAUGGUGGAUUAUUAUGCGCAGUUUCCAUCAUCUGACAUGGACAUUGUGGUGGGACAUCCACCCACCCCACCGUCAUCUCUUCCGCCAUCACCAGGAAUUCAUCAACACCGGACAGAUUCUAGUGGAAAACCUCUUGUUAAUGGAGAUGCUUCGCCCGAAGAACGCGAUGGAGCCGAAUUGCCUCAUUUAAGCAAACCAUCAGCAAGCAGCCGUGAUAGUGAACAUCAAGCCAAACGAGCUCGGUAUACGGGCGCCUUAGAAACUAGUAAAGGUGGCGUCAGUGUUCCUCCGUCGAUGCCCACUCCGCCGCUCUCAGAUUCAGCAGCAACCGUUAGCGAUCGAUUAGUUGAAAUAAUAUCAUCUGGAGGACAUCUCCCCGGAGAGCACGCAGAAGCCAAUGGUAAAGAGUCUCACAGUAGUUCUUCCUCGACCUCACCUGAACCAGUUCAAUACAUAGCGUCUUCAUCUCCAGAGUCAGACGCGGUCAACAGAGUUCAGACCCCUCAGUUUUCAGCACUGGUGCAUCGUGACAGCACCGACUCUCCAACAUUCCCGGCAGUGGCAAUCAAACGCGAGCAGGUGGAGCACUAUCUUGAUAACCGAGCUUCAUGCGGUCAAUCUUGUGGCAAUUUUCCGGAAGGCAGUUUUGUGCAAACUACGUGUAAAUUAGAAGCGCACCACUCGUCAAGGCUUGGGAAUGAUACUGACGAUUUGGAUAGUAUAAAUGUGACACUAACUCUGUCGCCUACAUCUGAGCAAAGAGUCACAGAAACUGUAGCAUCAGUGGCAGAAUUGAUCGGUUGUUCUCCACCCAGGCACUCGGACAUUGUUAUUGAGCCUGCAGGAAAAGGCUUUGCUACCAAAGGGUUUAUGGCGACCAACUCAUUGACAACUCCAGGUGGAGAUAGUUUAAGUAAUUCUAUAGCUCCAAGGAGUCAUACGUCAUCUGACAUUUACCAAAAACAGCCCUUUUCGUGUUCGCAGCUGAGCUUAUCACCCAGCGAGGAAAAGCCCUCGCGCAAAAAACCCGAGGGUCCAUAUUGUAGGCAUUGUGACGUUUUGAUAAUUGGUAUUGGGGUAAAAAGAAAACCGGAAGAAGAGGGUGGAAAGACUACGGAAACAAAUGAAUUGAAUAGGACACAACCUGAUGCUGCAGACUAUAAAAUCUACGGAGUCAAUGUCGAAGCUGGCGACUGUACAGGGGACAUUUUCUGUUCGGAAGCUUGCUUAAAACAAUAUUUCGCGCAUUUCGGAUCCGCGUGUUCCUCGCCCACUCGGGAAUGCAAACCAGACCUCAUUGUUGGAGAUCCUCCUUUAGAAGCUACUGUGACGUCAGUUGGUCAGCCAAGUAUCGGAGUCGGGAACGUAACGACAGUGAGUGAUGUGGAGACACGGGGGAGCCUCGUGGCUGAUGGAUUACCGCCGACAUCUGUACGAAAAAUACGCAGUCCCAGCUGGAAGGAUGAAGACGAAGAUGAAGAGGCGAAGAUUUCUAAGCGACAGCGUCGGUUGCGGUGGAAAAGAUGGCAACAGAGCGAGGAAGCUAAGAGCGACAACAAACAACGGAUAGAGUUGACACCAGAGGAAUCAGCUGAGCUUUUGGAGAAACACAACGGAUCACUGAAGCCCCCUGCCAAUGCAGUGGAUGACCUUAGGAGGUGCACUCUUUGCGGUGCGAAAGGAGACGGUGAUAACAAUGCAUCAGCCCGGCUGCUGAAUCUGAAUGUAGACGUGUGGGUCCAUCUCAACUGUGCUCUCUGGUCCUUGGAAGUUUACGAAACGCUAAAUGGCGCAUUGAUGAAUGUCGAAGUGGCUGUGAAGCGAGGAACUGUUACGAAUUGUGUGGUUUGCUAUAAAAGAGGCGCUACAGUGUCGUGUAAGCAGAAGAUUGGCCUGUCCAAGAUCGGCUGCCCAAACAAUUAUCACUUCAGUUGUGCUAUCUCUAAAGGUUGUUUGUUCCUAAAGGACAAGACCAUGCUGUGUCAUGAACAUAGACCAGAAGCUGCAUCGCUCGGAGACCAUGUACUCACCACCUAUGCCGUGUUUAGAAAAGUUUAUGUGAACAGGGACGAGAUUCAACAGAUCGCCAGUAUGUUACGUCACAAUCAAGAGACCAGCGACAAGCCACAGACAUUACGCGUGGGAAGCUUGGUGGUGAAAUCGUUGGGACAACUUUUGCCUCAUCAGCUACAGUCGUUCCACACUAGAGACGCCGUGUAUCCGGUUGGUUUCAAAACAAUCCGUUUCUACUGGAGCAUGCACUCUGUGAAUCGCCGCUGUAAAUAUCACUGUGUGGUUGAAGACGCGGAAGGUUCGCCAAGUUUUACCAUCAGGGUUGAUGACGACGGACACAAUGAGCAACCGGUGUUCAGAGGAAAAACACCCAGAGAUGUGUGGCAGCAGAUUCUUGUUCCUAUUUUGAAAAUGAGGAAAGAAGCUGGUUUAGUGAACCUGUUCCCUCAGUACAUCACUGGCGAGGAUCUGUUUGGUUUGUCGGAGCAGUAUGUUCUGCGGAUCAUCGAGUCGAUGCCUGGUGUUGAUCAAAUGCAGGGAUAUAACAUGCGUUAUGGCCCGUCACCCAUCAUGGAGCUGCCGCUGGCGGUAAACCCCACGGGCAGUGCUAGAUCCGAGCCCCUGCUGAAGUCGCACUUCAAGAGCGCAAGAGCACGUGCCCUUCGAUCUGCCACAAGUUCUGGUUCAGCAGUGUCGCCCGCGGCCACUGUUGGUGGAGCAGGAAACUCAGAAGAGUCAUCCGGAUUGUACCUCAAACAGUUUGUCUACUCCAAGGCUACACAAUACCGCAAGCUUAAAACAGAAUGGAAAACCAAUGUGUUCCUGGGAAGGUCGAAUAUUCAAGGCUUAGGGCUGUUUGCAAACAAGGACAUGGAAGCGGGAAGCAUGGUGAUCGAAUACAUUGGUUCUAUUAUUCGAAACGAAGUCGCAAACAGAAGAGAGCAAAUUUACGAAAAGCAGAAUCGUGGUGUGUAUAUGUUCAGAAUAGACUCCGACGCAGUCAUAGAUGCCACGAUGGCCGGCGGACCAGCACGUUACAUCAACCACUCCUGUAUGCCAAACUGUGUUGCUGAAGUUGUAACGUUUGAAAAGGAGCAAAAGAUUAUUAUUAUCUCCAACAGGAAGGUUGAAAAAGGAGAAGAGCUCACGUAUGACUACAAGUUCGACUUUGAAGAUGAAGAAAACAAGAUUCCAUGCCUUUGCGGUGCCCCAAAUUGCCGCAAAUGGAUGAACUAACGCGAAGACAUUUUGUGUUUCAACCAGAAAUUUAUUUAUCGUUAUUUAUUUAACGUGUUUCCCUUGACGGAAUGUUCUACAGUUUUUGGCCGGUUCAAAUCCUUUAAUUUCUUACUCAUUAAGACUGUGAGGAAUAUAUAUAUAUAUAAAUAUAUACAUCGAUUGUACGCUGUAUAAUUAAGAAAUAAAGUUUUAGUUCGCAUUUUUUCUAACACAGGGAAGUCAAACCGCAAAAGUUAAAAAUGUCUCAGAAAUUAGUCCAUUCAGUGAACUCAUUAAAAUUGCUUGCCUUUUUUCGUUUUUUUGUUUUUUUGGUUUUUUGGUUUCUUUCUUUUUUUUUGUUUGCCCUGAAGUGCAGCUUAAUAAUGACAAUAAUUAUAGUCCCAAAAUUGUUCAGAGUUUUUUAAAAAUUUUACACGCGCCGAAUGCGUGAAACAUGAAAUGUAGUGUACAUAUUACGGUAUUGCCUGAAGUGAAGUUUUAUUGAAAAUGAAGAAUAAAUAAAGACGCUUAAAAAC